AUGAAUACUAAAGAAACGGGUGUGCCACGGAUUGUUAACCGUGAAACUGGAGCACGUGGUGGUUCAUUUGAGGAAUAUACUUCUCGUCACACCGUUAUCAAGAAUUCAUGGAAAGGAAAGUACAUGCGUAUCUUUUGUAUCGGAAAUAGGCAUAUCGCAACAAUUAAUCCUCAAAGUAUAUUUUAUGUUACUAAUCGAUGGGAUUAUCAACAUCACCUUGUAGAUGUUGUACCAACCGCAAAUAGUUUAACUGAUUUUUCUCUUAUCACUGGCAAAAUAGCGAAAAGUGAGACGUUACACUUUCACUGUAAUACUGCAAUGGAACGUGCGGAGUUACUCACGGAUGUGCAGCGCAACCGCGCCUUAUUUGACCCUCAGUACCCCUCCCAUGCCUCUGAUCAUGUCUACGCGGCCCGCAAGUACUGCAGUGAUGAGGAGUACCGCGACUGCCACCUCCGCAUCACGACCGUCGCGGUGGAGCAGCUGGACGCCGGCGGGCGGGUGGUGGGGGAAUAUCUCUUCAUGAACCUCAAGGGCCUCAGCGCCGUGGCCGACCGCCCCCGCAGCCUCGUCCUCCUCCACGGCCCGCAGCUGCGGCUCCACCUCUACGAGACGGACGACCCCCAGCGGGUCGCGAAGGCCAUCGCCGAUGCCGCCCGCCGCUUCGUUGGCCUCCCGCCGCCCGCCGCCGCCCGCCCGCUCGCCGCCCGGCAGUUCGACGCCGACCGCCUCGGCGUCCCCCGCCACGCACUGGCGCCCCUCGCAGAGUUCCCCGCAGAGAAAUGCACGCGAAAACACCAGCAGCGACUUCCACGGCUGCUUGCCACUACAGAAGAGUGUCUGCUGGAAAUGGAUCCGGCCACAUAUAAUACGACAAGUCUUUCCUUCUUUGCAGAUAUAUACGCGUUGGUGCGCUCUGAAGAGGAUGAACAGCGGUUUAUGAUUCAAUAUAAGGAACCAUCUAUUACCAAAGUUUAUACUUCCCCUGUACGGGAUGCUCUCUUAGCACAUCUUCUUCACUGUUGUCGUGCAGUACAAAACCUUAAUGUUUCAGUAGUUGUAAAAAAUCUAGAUCGUGGGAAACGUGCCGCACCUUUUCGUGUACUUCUCUCAGAAGAAAUUGAAAGUACACUACUUAAUUGUCUUAUAGAUCCUCUUAAAGGAGGUGGUCAUGUGGCUAUGACUUAUUUGGAAGUAGUAGAAUUUUUUAAUGCUAAUAUUGAAUUUAGUGGUCUUCGUUUUACAGAAAAUCGUGAUGGAUUAUUCGCUGAAAAUCGGGAAAAGAUGAUAUUUGAAGCUUUAAUGGCUUUAUUAAAUAAUUUCCCUAUUAGUGAUGAUCCAAUAGUUAUUGUACAACAAUUUUAUGCCCUUAGACGUUUAUGUGUUACUCGUAUUGGAUUUAGUUCAGCUGCAAUUGUACCUUCACUUAUUAAAACUAUUGAAUAUGUUUCUAUGAAUGCACUUAAGGUAAAUAAUCUUGCAGUUUCUCAUGCAGUUAUUGAUCUUUUAUGUGUUCUUAUGACACCACAUCAUAAUCAUUAUGAAUUAAUACAUGAGAAAAUGAAUAAAAAUCGUAUUCUUAAACAUGAAAGAUUAGUGAAGGAAUUAAUGAUGAUGUUACAUAAUUAUACAAUAUCAGAAAGUGCUUCCCUUGUUGUUCUAUCAUUAUUAGAUUUUUUUGUCUAUGCACUUUGUCCACCUUACUGUGAAACAACAGAAGCUGAAGUUUUUACUUAUGUAAUGAAAAAUAUGGUUGAUAUAAAUGGGAAAGAUCUUUUUACUCUUAUGCAGCAUAAUUGUAACGCUAUCAGUUAUAGUGCAGGUCAAAUUAUUCGUGUAAUUAUGGAAGAAGGAACGAAGGAACAAUUUACAGCUAUGCAAGACGCAUCAUUAACAGAAGGUGGAAUUCUUGGUCAACUUUAUUUGGCUACAUUUAGUAAUAAUCGUGAAUUACGUGAUAUAGCUCGUCAACUUAUCGCUUAUUGGACCUAUCAAAAUACUAAUAUGCAAGAUUUAAUGCGUAGUAUAUUUCCACCAGCAUUACUUCUUUUCCUUCAAUCAAAGGAUGAACCACCAGAAGAUGAAAUGGAAAAAGAACGUAAACGAUCCGUUGUAGCUAUGACGAAUACUUUUUGGGAAUCUAAAAUUGGUUGGUUUAAAAAAUGUUUUCAUCCAAGUAAAACUUUACCAAAAGGUACGAAUUAUAAUCCAUCUUUUGCGCAUGAAGAGAAAGACUAUGUUCGUCCUAGAGAAGUACGAGUACGACCAACGUUAAAUUGGCCAAUGUUAUUUUAUCAAUUGAAACAAGAUCAUAUGCGACCAGAUUUAAUUUGGAAUCAUACAACACGAGAAGAAUUGCGAGGGGCAUUAGAAGGAGAAAUGCAGGCACUUAAAUUGGGAAGAGGUAUUCGUACUGAAGUUCCUAUUGCAUGGAAUUACCGUGAAUUUGAAGUACGGUAUCCAAGUCUUAGUGAUGAACUUAAAAUUGGACGACAUUACCCACGUCUUCUUUUUGAAGUAAAAAAUCCAGUUAUUGCUCGACCACGAGAAUUUUUUAAUGAUAUGUACCAUCGUUUUCUUCUUACACAAGAGCAUAAAACUAAAUUGGAUUGUUUACAUGGAAUGACUAUUUUGUAUGAAUAUUAUGCAAAUGAUAUUGGGCAAUUUAAUGAUUUAGAGUAUAUAAUGAAAAUGUUAGAAGCAACAUUGGAUCCAAUUUUUCGAGAUCGUUUACUUAAAUUUAUUAAAGAAAUUUUACGUGAUCGUCAUAAUGUAAAAUUAUUUUUAGAUUGUGAUGGUCUUAAACAACUUGUGGAUCUCGUUACUAUCGCACAUUUACAUCUUGAUAGACCUCAACUUCAUAACCCAACUAAUGCUAUUGAAUCUUCUGGAUUAUCUGUAGAACUACAAGAUCAGGAAAAAGAAUGGUAUUAUACUAAAAAUGGUAUUAAACAAGAUCCAGUCUCAUAUACUCGUUUAAAAGAAUUAUAUGUGGAAAAGGAAAUAAAUGAUGAGACAAAAGUAUGGGCACAAGGACUAAAUGGAUGGAAAGAAUUUAAAGAUGUUCCUCAGUUACGUUGGGGUAUUGUUACAAAUAAAAGUAAUAAACUUUUAACAUUUUCUGAGGUAUCUUGUAUUAUUCUUGAUAUAUUUUUAUUAGUUUGUACAUAUUAUCCAAGCAAAGAUGUAAAUGGGGCUAUUAUGCAACCUCUUCCACGAGUGAAACGUUUUCUUUCUAGUCCUCAAGUACUUCCACAUAUUGUACAGUUAUUAUUAACAUUUGAUCCAUCUAUUUGUAGUCGUGUUCAUUCACUUCUUUAUGUUAUUAUGGAAGAUAACCCACUCAUAUCACGUUUUUUCCUAACGGGUGUAUUCUUUUUUUCACUCAUGUAUACUGGAUCAGAUGUACUUCCAAUGUGUAGAUUACUCUAUUUAUCUCAUUCUCGUCAAGCAUUUCAAUUCCAACAUGAAAAUGAUAUUAUACGAAAUAGUUUUCUCAGUACAUUACUUCCACCUGCUCUUGUUUGUUAUUUGGCCAAUCAUGGUCCCGAGUCUUUUGCAGAUGUUCUUCUUGGUGAAUAUGAAACCCCAGAGGCUAUUUGGGGAAGAGAAAUGCGUCGUUCUCUUGUGGAAACUAUUUCUAGACAUAUUUCUGAUUUUACCCCACGACUUCUCUGUAAUAAUCGUGCUAUUUAUCAAUAUUGUCCAAUUGUUGGUGUGAUGUAUGAACCUCUUCGAAAUGAAUUAUUUUGUUCACAAUAUUAUUUACGUCAUUUCUGUGAUGAAUUACAUUAUCCAAAUUGGCCGGUUUCGGAUCCUGUGGCUCUCUUGUGUGAAGUCCUCGCGGCGUGGAGAAGAGAAUUAGAUAAACAACCAAGUCCACUCACUCGUGAAGGUUGUAUGCAAGAGUUGGAAAUUAAUUCUCAAGAGAGUCAUUUAACCCCACAAAUUGUUCGUAAAGCUUAUUUUAAACUGGCCGCCUUAUAUCAUCCAGAUAAAAAUCCGGAUGGACGAGAAAAAUUUGAACGUAUUCAAAUAGCUUAUGAAUUCUUAGUUUCCGAUAAAGUAGACUCUGAUGAACCUAAUCCAUCUAAUAUUGCCCUUUUACUUCGUACCCAAUCUAUUUUAUUUAGACGAUUCGGUACUAUUAUGAGUCAAUACAAGUAUGCUGGAUAUGGAUUAUUGUUAAAACUUAUUAGAGGAGAAUAUGAAGAUUCAGAAAUGUUACGAAAAGAUGUUGUGCUUAUGGAACCAGCAACAGAACUCUGUUACUUUACUGUACAAAAUGUUCCUCUUAACGCGGAUGAAUUACAAGAAGAAGGUGGUAUUGAACUUUUAUCAAAUGUGUUGCAACGUUGUUUUGAAGGUAUUACUCCUAAUUCUACAGAUGACUUGAAUCAAGUAAAAAUUGCAAAACAUUGUAUACAUACAUUUCGUGUAGCUGCUGAAUUUUCAGAUUGUAGACAUCAUAUUGUUAAUAAUCCUAUUAUUUCUCAUCUUGUCGCUAAAGGAAUUGCUUAUGAAAAUUCUGUAGCUUUAUCACGUGCUUGUAUUCAAGCAUGUCAAUCUUUCUGUGUGGAUGAAACUUUACAAGAAUGUCUUUUAAAAGAAGGAGCUCUUUGGCAUUUAAUGUUAUUCCUCUUUCGAUAUGAUUAUACAUUAAAUGAAAGUGGAGUAGAAAUGCAGGAAGAACAUCAUAAACAAUUAUUCGCCAAUAGAGCAGCUGUAUAUGCUCUUCAAGCUAUUUAUGCUUUAGUAGGAAUUCAACCAAGUAAUGAUUAUCCAAAGACUAAACCAAAUACGGAAAUGAUUCAUAUGUUACAAAAACUUUUAACUCCAUAUAUUGUUCAAAAAAUGAGACUUCUUCCUCAUAAUGAAGAAGAAAUAUUAAAACUAAUCAAUAGUAAUCAUAAUACACCAUAUAUGUUAUGGAAUAAUAAUUGCCGUCGUGAAUUACAAGAAAUGCUUACGAUAAACUCUGAAAAAUGUCGUGAUUCAGGUAUGUUUAGUGAAAAUUUACCAGUUUAUACAGAUAACAGUUUUAGUUAUUCUGCUCAUAAGGAAGAACUUAUAGUUGGAGGUAUUUUUGUUCGCUUAUAUAAUGAACAGCCAACUUUCCCUAUUGAAGAUCCUGCUGCCUUUUGUACAGCCAUGAUAAAAUUUCUAAAAUAUAAAUUAAAUAAUGAUAGUUCUACUGGAGUCUUUUUAGUCGUAGAGGCGAUGAAAAAUAUUCUUAUUGCAUACCCAAAUAGUGAUGUUACCACUACUAUAAUGCAAAGUGUAGAUUUACUAUUAAAAUUAUUUUCCUACAAUGAUAAUACACUUGUUUUGAAAACUUCUGAGCUUCUUGAAAAAGUUUCUCAUCAUUUAAAUUGUUUAGAAGCUAUUGGUAAAUGUAAUAUGGCUGUAACAGAAGUUAUUCUUGCUAUUCAUCGUUGUGGUGAAGUUGUGGAAUCAAAUUGUUUGGCAUUUUUACGAGUAGCCCUUUCCAAUCGUGGUGUGGUAGAACAGGCAUUAGAUCGUGGACUGUAUGCGGUAUUAUUACGUAUUCUUGGUACUUCGUUAUUGCAGGAGUGUAAAGAAGAUGUUUGUACGUGUUUAGCGAAAGCCUUUUCAGAUAAAUUAUGUGGUCCUAAACUAUUCUUACGUACUUCUAAACUUAUUCCUUCUGUAUUUUUAGAAAUGAUGAAAGAGAGUCCUGUGAAUGCCUGUCAACUUUUAAAUACUUGGCAAGAAACUCCUGAACUUGUGUGGAAUAAAGAACGUAAACAACGUUUUGUAGAAUUAUGUAUAGCCUGUGAAUCCGAUAUUGUUGAAUUGCUACAACAUGAUCCAACAGCUUACUGGAAAAUCCCAGAGAAUAUUUUAGCAGAAUCAGGUGAAGAAUUGCAAUUAGGAGGUGUAUAUUUAAAACUUUACCUAAGUCAACCAGGGUGGAAUGUACGUAAACCCAAAGAAUUUCUUUUAUCACUUUUGGAGAAAUUUGUAACCGAGUGUGGGAAACCAGAGGAGAAUAUAAAUACAGAAAUGAUUGUUCUUAUUGCAGAUGCAGGACUACGCCUUCUACAAACAUCUCCGGUUCUUACAGAUCAUCUCGUUUCACUUGGCUAUGCUCAAAAACUUUUUGAGUUGUUAGAAUCAAAUCAAAAGGUAGUAGCUGAAAAUGCCCUUAAAUGGGUACAUGAGGAGUGUGCCUCUCGUAUAUGUGUAGAGAGUCUUGCAGGUUUUGAUCCUGUGGCUUCUCUGCUUGCCUAUAUGAAGGCAGGAUUGCCACAACUCCCUUUAUUAAUGGAUACAAUGGAGCGUUUACUCUCACGUUCCUCUGAACGAGCUAAUAUGAUUCGUCUUGCUUUGCAAAAUCAACUUCCACAACACUUAUUAGAGUUGUUGGAAGCAGGAGUUACACCACAGACAUGUGGAGAUCAACCUCCUGCUGCUGUACGUGCGUUAAUUAUUAAAGUAUUGAAAGCAAUGAAUAGUGUUGAGGAUCCUUUGUACGGUCCGAGGUUGAAGAGUAUUCUUGCGGAGAGUAAGGUGUGGUCAAAGUAUAAGGAUCAGAGUCAUGAUCUGUUUCUUUCUAAUAUUCACUUUGGUGGAUAUAUCGAGGGUGGACCUCAGCAACGGCAGCAGCAGCUGUUUAUAUCCCUUUCAGAUCCCUCUACCCAAGACGUUACUAAUGAUAGUGGUCCACCUCCAGUGUGA